AUGGACUACGACCGCUACGACGCGCUUCUGCACUACAUCUUCAAGCAGACGCAGGGCGACGCCUGGUUCAGGCCCGACGCGCGUGACAUUGCCGCCGGCGUCUGCCUGCGCGACGAUGCGGGCGAGUACCGCGUCUUCCCGUAUGAGACGCUCGCCCUCGAGCCGUUCGAGGUCGCCGUGAGGGCCAUGGGCCUCAUGUGCGCCGUCAAGGUCCGAAGCGCCGUGGCGCACGCCGCCGUAUCGCAAGUAGGACCCGAGGACAAGUCCGUCUACGUGGACGCCAACACGCGCAUUCAGAUCAUCGAUACGAUGAUGCUGUUGCCGCACGCAGACCGCGAGCAGAACGCGGCGUUCAUCCGCGACGAGCGCGUACUGGUCGUCUGGACAGAAGAUCCGGCGAACAUCGUUCAAACGGUGAACGACUUCGAGGAGCGGCUCAUCCGUCUUCUUUGGCGCUCAACAAAUCGCCCCGGUAUCUCCUCUUUAUCGUCAAAGUCCGGACACGGCGGCCUGUACCCCGACAGUGCAAGUGGACACCAUAGCGUUAUCGGUAGCUCUGCUAGCGGGCACGGCUUCGCGAGCCCGAGGAUUAUCGGGCGCGACGAGCCGUUUACGCCUGGUGAUGUCGAAAAGGGGCUUGCGCCCACGACUAAGACUGUCACUAAGCGUACCUGGUACGGCGGGAAGAAGACCGUCACGGUCGAGGUUCCCAUCGGCGAGAGCGCCGAGGAUGUUGGCGCUAUUGAUCCCAGCAAGCGUCCCGCGUUGCUGUAUGCGCCGAUAUACAACGGUAUUGCUGCCGCAUUGUCGAUGGUCUACGUCGGCAACGGUCUCAAGAUCUUGUUGACCGAAUGGAGGCAAGAUGGCGAUUACACUCAUUUCGCGCUCGCUGCUGUGCUUCCAUUACUGUUCUGCGUCUCCCUGUUCUUCAACUUGCAGAUCGUUCAGAACGUUACCAUGGCUAUCGGCCCCAUCGCUCAUUACCACGAAAACUCUAAGUACUACUCUGCCGUCAAGCCCCACCCGAACAAGGAGGUCGACGCCAACUUGCCGCACGUCACUAUCGUCAUGCCGGUUUACAAGGAGGGUCUCGACUCUGUGCUUAUGCCGUCGGUCGUCUCGCUCAAGAAGGCCAUGCAGACGUACGCGCGCCAGGGCGGUACCUCGAACAUCUUCAUCAAUGACGACGGUAUGCGCCUACUCAAUGACGAGGACCGCGCGAUGCGCCUUGCGUUUUAUGAGACGCACGGUAUCGGUUGGGUCGCUCGUCCCAAGCACGGCGAGGAGUCUGAGCUGUCGGAUGGCGUCAAGUACGAGCGUGCUGGCCGUUUCAAGAAGGCAUCGAACAUGAACUACGCCCUCCAGCUCUCCCGCAAGAUGGAGAAGCACCUGCUCAUGCUCCAGGACCAGCAGAUCAACUCUCAGCGCACCAGCUCCGGCUCAUCAAACCCGGAAGAACAGCAGAUCCCGCUCGAGGACCGCGCUCUCGAGGCCGCCGUACAAGAGGUCUACGAGGACAGCGGCCGUCGCUGGAAGCCCUGGGCGCACAAUGGACGCUCGUGCCGUGUGGGCGAGAUCGUUCUCAUCGUCGACUCCGACACUAUCGUUCCCGAGGACUGCUUCCGUGAUGCCGCCCGCGAGAUGGCCGAGUGCCCUACCGUCGCCGUCAUCCAGCACGAGUCGGACGUCAUGCAGGUCGCCAACCACUACUUCGAGAACGGCAUUGCGUACUUCACUCGCCGCAUCAACAGGUCCAUCUCGUUCUCCUGCGCCAACGGCGAGGUCGCGCCUUUCGUCGGUCACAACGCCUUCAUGCGCUGGCAGGCCGUGCAAGACGCCGCGUUCAUCGACACGGACGGCAUCGAGAAGAUCUGGUCCGAGAAACACGUGUCUGAGGACUUCGACAUGGCGCUUCGUUUGCAGCUUCGCGGGUACAUCAUCCGUUGGGCGACGUACUCGGAGGGCCAGUUCAAGGAGGGCGUGUCGCUGACGGUCGACGACGAGCUCAACCGCUGGCAAAAGUACUCGUAUGGUUGCUCGGAGCUGCUGUUCAACCCGCUCAUCCAGUGGUUCCGCCGUGGUCCCAUCGCCGGUCAGAUUCACAAGUUCCUCUGGUCGAACGCGCCGCUGCACUACAAGAUCUCCAUGAUGGCUUACAUGUUCUCGUACUACGGUAUCGCGGCGUCAGUGACUAUUGGUGUCAUCAACUACGUCUUGCUUGGAUUUGAGUUCUCCGUGGACAACUUCUACAUGCACUCAUUCGAGAUCUGGCUCGCCACCACCGUCGUCUUCUUCGGUUCGGGCAACGUCGGCUUCACCAUCCUGGAGUACCGUCUCGGCGCGAAGAGCUUGUUGCACGGCUUCCUCAUCAACUUGAUGUGGAUCCCCUUCUUCUUCUUCUUCUUCGGCGGUCUCGCGAUCCCGCUUUCGCAGUCGAUCCUCGCGCAUCUGUUCAGCUACAACAUGACGUGGGGCGCGACGAAGAAGGAGGUCGAGCGGUCAAACUUCUUCAAGGAGGUGCCCAAGAUCUUCAAGCGCUUCUGGUUCCCGCUCCUCGUGUCCAUCGUCAUCCUCGCCGGCAUGGUCAUCUGCGCAACGCCGCUCGUACCGCUCGGCUGGCGCGUCGACGGCUCGGCAUGGGCCGUCAUCUUCCCGCUCGCGAUCGUCAUCGGGUGCCACAUCCUCUUCCCGAUCGUGCUCAACCCGUGGUUGAUGAUCUUCUCGUACUGA